AUGGAUGACACUAGUGACUUGAGCAACACGGAGCAGUCGGCUGUUUCAGUGAGACUUAUUCAUGAUGGGAAUGUCGAAGAACAUUUGCUUGGCCUCACAGAUGCAUCUGACGAUCAAUCUGCUGAUGGGCUUACAAAGAUCAUGAUAAAAAUAUUAGGGAGCUACAAUGUUACUCCUGAGACAGGAAAGAGAAAGCUGAUUGGACAAUCAUAUGAUGGUGCGGCGACAAUGAGUGGCGAGCUCAAUGGUGUGCAAAAGAGAAUGCGAGAUUACUUUCCACUUGCCUACUACAACCAUUGCGUUGCACACAGGAUGUCACUUUGUGCGUCGCAGUCAUCGAUGAAAAUCCCAGAAGUGGCUAAAUUCUUUGGAAUAUUAGACAAGCUGAUAACGUUUUUCCGAAGCAGUCCCAAGCGAACGCGAUACCUUGGAUAUAAUCUUCCAAAGCCUGGUGAUACAAGGUGGCUUUCUCGAGACACGGCCAUUACUGCAAUCGAUUCGUGCUACGAGACAAUCGGCACAGUCUUAUACCAGAUGUCUUCGAAUGGGAGAGAGAAAGUCGACACCCAAACGACAGCCAGAGGUCUUCUUGCCAACAUCCAAAAUGUUGACUUUCUAUGUUUACUGAAGUUGUACAGGAAGAUCUUUGAGCAUUGCACGCCAAUUAUCACCGUUAUGCAGAAGCCAACAUUGGAUGCUGUUCAGCUGAGAUCUAUGCUCGACGACUUCCAACGUUUUCUUGCUGCACUAAGCUUUGAAGACAUUUGGCAAAUUACACUCGAUGCGGACCCAAGUUUCCCCGUAGAACGAGCCAGAGCAGGAUGGAGAGGAAGGGAAACGCACAAUAAUGGAUCCGAAGAUGCUUGGAAAGAGAAGCUGUCGAUUGUGGCAUCAAAAGUAUGCAUCGAGUUUUCAGGGCAGAUUUCAUGGAGAUUCGAGAACCUCAAAAAAUUCAAGUGGAUGGAUCUGAUUCACCCCGCCAAGUUUGCAGAGAAUGUCAAAAGGCCUCCUAAUGAGAUAAAAGAGCUCAUCAGAGAAUUCGGAGAUUUGUACCCAUUUGCCGUUCAUGACAUAAAUUCGUUCAUGACACAAUUUGGAAGUUUUAUACAAUAA